AUGACUAGACCCACCACCAGCUCCAGCAUGUUCCUGACACCCGCCGCCACCGCCGAAAUACGCUCCACCCCCGAUGGGCGCCGUAAGCAUAAGACUUUCCAUUCUCUCCAAAUCCUAGACGCCCAGAAUAAUCAGGAUAUAACUCAAGACCAUGAUAUGCAUCUCCACCUUUACUUUGCGUUCCACCUCUACCAGGUUGUUCCAUAUAUGGACUAUUAUUAA